UACUGCAUACCUUGCGAUUUCUCGCAUUUUGUGUUAAGUUGGGUAUGUGACGAGAUGGACGCAUAUUAAGGUGAUUGUGUGUGUUGUUUCGUGGUGUUCUGCGCUGUUUGAAUUAUUAUUAUUAUUAUUAUUAUUAUUAUUAUAUUAGUAUGCCUGCAAUAGAAGUGAAUCCUCCUACGGAAAAUCAUGAGAGCGAGACACCAACAACACAGCCCAUUGUGGGUAUUAUUUAUCCACCGCCAGAGGUGAGAAAUAUUGUUGACAAAACUGCAAGUUUUGUUGCAAGAAAUGGCCCGGAGUUCGAAGCCCGUAUAAGACAAAAUGAAAUUGGAAAUCCGAAAUUCAAUUUUUUGAAUUUUGGUGACCCUUAUCAUGCAUACUAUCAGUACAAAGUUAAGGACUUCCGUGAGGGGAGAGGAGUGGAACCAAGUGCUGGAGGGGCUCCUGUGCCGCAGCUUAAGACUGUCCUGUCAUCAGCUCAACAGAAACAGCAACAAGAACUGCUGAAGCAGGUGUCAGAGCAGCCGUUUAUUCCCAAAGAUCCCCCAGCAGAAUUUGAGUUUAUUGCUGAUCCACCAUCUAUAUCAGCCCUCGAUUUGGACAUCGUGAAGCUGACAGCUCAGUUUGUGGCACGUAAUGGGCGUCAGUUUCUGACGAACUUGAUGAACAGGGAGCAGCGCAACUAUCAGUUUGAUUUCCUGCGACCUCAGCAUUCACUUUUCCAGUACUUCACCAAAUUGCUGGAGCAAUACACAAAGGUUCUCAUACCGCCUAAAGAUCUGAUGUUUCGUUUAAAAGAGGAGUGCAGCUCAAUGAAUAUAAUUUUGGAUCAAGUGAAGUAUCGAUCAGAAUGGAUCAAAUAUCAGGAGGCUCAAAGGCGUAAAGAAGAGGAAGAACUCGAGAAAGAAAGAGUUGCAUAUGCCCAGAUUGACUGGCAUGAUUUUGUAGUGGUGGAGACAGUUGACUAUCAGCCAUUCGAAAUAGGGAACUUUCCUCCUCCUACCACUCCCGACGAGGUCGGAGCUCGCGUUCUCAUGCAGGAACGUAUCGAAGAAGGUGAUGAGAUCGAGAUGCAGAUCGAAAGUGAGCACGAGGAGGAGGAAGAAGAGGAAGAUGAAGGUGAAGAAGAGGACAGGAGGGCAGAUGAACGACAAGAUGAAGAGGAUCAGGAAGCCAAAGAGGCAAAGGACAAUACACAGGUUCAAGACAUGGAGGAAGAAUCGAGUGAAGAGGAAGAUGAACCAUCUGCACCUGUGUCAGCUGCUGGUGGGAAGAAGGCUCCCCCUGUGCCCAUGCCACCACGUGAAGUGCAGCAGCCACCUCCGUUACCUCCGACACCUGACAAAGUGGUGGUUAAGAAGGGUUAUGAUCCCAAACAAGCUGUGAAGACCGUACGUCCUCCUGCCCCAGAUGAACUGCUUAUCUCUCCUCUUACUGGAGAGAAGAUUCCAGCUACCAAAGUUCAGGAGCAUAUGCGAAUUGGAUUGUUGGAUCCCCGUUGGGUUGAGCAGAGAGACCGACAAAUCCAGGAUAAGAUCAACCAGGAGACUGUGUAUGCUCCAGGCUCUGCUAUCGAGGCUAGUUUGAAACAACUGGCAGAACGACGUACUGAUAUUUUUGGCGUGGGCGAUGAGGAAACAGCCAUUGGUAAGAAAAUAGGAGAAGAAGACAAGCGCAAAGAUGAAAAGGUCACAUGGGAUGGACACACGUCGAGCGUGGAAGCUGCGACACGAGCGGCACGAGCCAAUAUCACUUUGGAGGAACAGAUUCAUCAGAUCCACAAAGUGAAGGGACUCUUACCCGAUGAGGAAAAAGAGAAAAUUGGACCGAAACCCGUGGGGUCUCGACCAGCUGCCAGUAUGCAAGCUCUGCCGCCACCCCCUGGCACCAAAUCUGCUGUUCCUCUUCCCAUAACAUCUGCAAACAAGCCCCCCAGUGUGCCUAUAUCAAAACCACAAGCUCCCCCACCUGCUGUUCAGGCCAAACCUCAACCCAUACCUCCACCCGUACCAGUGACAGCACCCCCACAGCAACCAGCCCCUCCUCCACCUCCCCCUGCUCCUAUGGGCCUGCCUCCCAUGGCUGCACUGCCGCCGCCACCGGGGCUUCUGCCCCCCCAGCCAGGCAUGAUGAUGAUGCCCAUGAGACAGCCGCCACUGAUGGUUCCAGCACGGCCCCCAUUUCCAGUGGCAGCUCCGGCACCGCCAAUGCCAGGUUUCAUGGCCCCACCAGCACCACAGAUGCAGCCCCCUCCACCGCAACCGCCACCUCCAGGUCCAAUGAAACAUCCUGCAGAUAUGAAUACAUCAGCAGAUGAUGAGCCUGCGAGCAAGAAGAUGCGAAGCGAAGAAACACUGAUGCCUGAAGCACAGUUCUUGGUUAAGUACAAGCAGCCCUUACUGUUAAAUAUUUUCGAAAAAUUUUAUUAUUAUNCUGUACCUAACAUGAGUGAGAAACCAGAGUGGCGAUUGAAAGGCCAGUUGCUAACUCUGACACUGCCAUUAUCGGAUACAGUGUCUGUUAUAAAGGCAAAAAUCCACGAGGAGACAGGCAUGCCUCCUGGAAAACAGAAGCUGCAAUGGGAGGGUUUGUUUUUCAAAGAUUCAAAUUCCCUGGCAUAUUACAACAUUAUGCCUGGUACAAUCAUCAACUUGCAACUGAAGGAAAGAGGUGGUAGAAAGAAAUAAACGUUAUCAUCAGAUAUUCAAAAUGUAUGUGUUAAAUCUCUUUGUAUGGAGAGGCACAAAGUAUGUAACCUUUUAUUUUUAGCAUGUAAUUUUAUAUGAUUAAGCUUGGUCUGUUUCAUUGAUUGUAUAUCGUGAUAUACAUUUUCACACUUAAGUUCCCUCACAGAUAUGUAGCUCAUGAUUUAAUUUGUAUUCAUGCUGAAGUGUAGCAUCAGUAUAUUCUGUGAAGGUAGCUGUUCAGCUGUAGAAGGGAAGCAUUCUUGAAAAUAAAAAGUGUAUAGUUCA